AUGGGAAACACACAAGCUAUAUUGUCAGAGAAAGACCAAAGGGAUUUAUUACAAGCAGCUAAUUUUAGUGAAAUGGAUAUUAAAAAAAUGUACAAAAGAUUUAUUGAACUUGACACAAAUAAAAAUGGACAAUUGGAUCCAAAUGAAUUAUUUGAUGUUCCUGAAAUAAGUGAUAACCCAUUAGUGAAAAGAGUCAUAUCGAUAUUUGAUUCCAAUUCGGAUGGAAAAGUUUCAUUUGUGGAAUUCUUAGUUGGCAUAACAAAACUAGCUUCAAGCACUGACGAUUUUCAGAAGAAAAAGUUUGCCUUUGAUAUCUAUGACAUAAAUAAAGAUGGGAUGAUAUCUAAUGGGGAAUUGUUUACUGUAAUGAAGAUGAUGGUUGGGAAUAACUUAAAUGAUAUACAGUUACAACAGCUGGUUGAUCGAACCAUUCUACAGGCUGAUAAGGAUGGAGAUGGAAUGAUAUCCUUCGAUGAAUUUAAAGAUAUGAUAUCUCAUAUGGAUGUUGGAAAUAAAUUGAAGUUAGAUCUAUAA